AUGUCCUUCCAACACCUCCAGCCCUCGGGUAACGAGAUGACAGCUAUCAUCAACAACUCAAGCCUAUUCGCGGACCAAGUCAAACUGGCCGCAAACCAUGUCAUGUCCAAAUCAGUCAGCACGUCUCAGGAUCAGAUGGACCAUCCACUCGUCAUGGCCAACCAAGCACGCUUGGUGACCAAGCUUGCUUCAAUUGCUGUUGAAGUCAUAGGCGCUCUUGCAGGCCUGGAACCAUACAUCUACGGCGUUUACUUCUCCAAGUACAUGGAAUCCGUCAUGCGCUGGCGAAUCUCAAACUCCGUCGAAGACAGACUGCAAAUUCCCGUCCCUUUCCGACCCACACCACUCCAAUCCGCCACUCCCUUCCACCCAGUAGUCAUCGACUUCAUCAACUGGCCAUCCAUCCGCGAUCAGAUGAUCCUGUACUCGUCCAAACUUGAUCUUGACGCCAUGAGCAGGGAUAUUGUCUUGAACACCGUCGUUGAGUUGCCUGGGAAGCGCGUAUCUGUCAACAUUCACGAUGUGUUUUUCAACCACAUUCUUCCUCGUGUCGGCGGUGGUCGGGCCGAUGGCAGCAAUUCCAUGUUGCAUAAUCGUGAAUGGAUAUACUUGAAAGUGCCCGUCAAUCCUGCCGGCGGCAUGACAUACACCGGCUUUGCCCUGGUCCAAGAAGCUCUCGCAGCUGAAAUGGACUGCAGGAUGGGACAGGCCCAGUCUCCUAGAUCGACUACAACGCAUCUCAGGCCAUCUGACGAGGGCCUUGCCAGCAGAAGCGCCCCGUAUGGUCCAGAAAUGAUGGUUGCGGAUGCCUUAGCAGCCUUUGGAAUUGACCAGCCAUCCAACUGGAAGCUUAGCAACGACUUUGCCAGAAAAUACCCACAUAUCGAUUGCUCGCUUGUGUAG